AUGACUACUGUCAACAUCACCAGAGACCUUCUCAACCGGCAGAUCAGGGACAAAGGGGCCACGAGGUUCCAGAGACUCCAUCAUGUGACCGACCCCUUCAUCAAGAGGCUGGGGCUGGAGACAGAGCUGCAGGGUCAUACUGGCUGUGUCAACUGUUUGGAAUGGAACGAACGCGGAGACCUUCUAGCCUCUGGCUCGGACGAUCAACAUGCCAUCAUCUGGGACCCGUUCAAACAGAAGAAGCUCACUACUAUGCACACAGGACACGCAGCAAACAUCUUCACUGUGAAGUUCCUUCCUCACUCCGGUGACAGGAUUUUGGUGACAGGAGCCGCUGACACAAAGGUCCAUGUCCACGACGUCACUGCAAAGGAGACCAUCCACAUGUUUUCUGACCACACAAACCGAGUGAAGCGCAUCGCUACUGCCCCCAUGUGGCCCAACACCUUCUGGAGCGCUGCCGAGGACGGGAUCAUCAGACAGUACGACCUGAGGGAGAGCAGUAAACACUCAGAAGUGCUCAUUGACCUGACAGAGUUCUGUGGUCAGCUCGUGGAGGCCAAAUGUUUAGCUGUGAAUCCUCGUGACAAUAACUACCUUGCAGUUGGAGCAAACGGGCCGUUUGUGCGCCUCUAUGACAUCCGAAUGAUCCACAACUACAGAAAGUCGAUGGUCCAGAGCACCUCUGCUGCUGUGCACACCUUUUGUGAUCGCAAGAAACCCAUACCAGACGGAGCAGGACAGUAUUAUGUUGCAGGACACUUACCCGUCAAACUACCCGACUACAACAACCGGCUCAGGGUCCUAGUGGCCACAUAUGUAACGUUCAGUCCAGACGGGACGGAGCUGCUGGUAAACAUGGGCGGAGAACAGGUCUACCUGUUCGAUCUUACAUUUAAACAAAAGCCGUACACUUUCUCCCUUCAAAAGAAGCCACAGUCAUCACCAGAUGUACAGAAUGGCAGAACGACUAAUGUGUCUAAUGGGAUUCACCUUCCAACAAGCCAUGUUCACUUAACUGAAAGUAGGAUUCAUGCUUGUCAAUUUUCCAGCAGUGCUUCAGACCCGUCCCACCUCAUCUGGAGAAAAAUAAAGCAACAAGCAAAUGAUGCGUUUGCGCGACAGCAGUGGACACAGGCCAUUCAGCUGUACAGUCUCGGUAUCCACCAAGCCCACUACAACGCCAUGCUCUACGGGAACCGGGCUGCGGCCUACAUGAAGCGGAAGUGGGAUGGGGAUCAUUAUGACGCACUCAGAGACUGCCUGAAGGCCCUGACCCUGAACCCAGCCCACCUCAAGGCCCACUUCAGGAUGGCACGGUGCCUCUUUGAACUCAAGUACGUGUCAGAGGCCCUGGAGUGCCUCGACGACUUUAAGGGGAGGUUCCCGGAGCAGGCCCACAGCAGCGCAUGUGACUCCCUUGAUAAGGACAUCAAAGCCGCUUUGUUUGCUAAAAAUGAAUCAGAAGACAAAAAGGCAAACAGUUCUGUCCGAUUUCACUCCUUCAGCCGAAAGGAGUCUAUCCCGGACGACGAGCGGCUGCUCCGAGAGUGCAGUCUGGACUACAAGCACCGAUACUGCGGGCAUUGCAACACCACCACAGACAUCAAGGAGGCCAACUUCUUUGGAAGUAAAGGCCAGUACAUUGUGAGUGGCUCAGAUGACGGCUCCUUCUUCAUCUGGGAGAAGGAGACCACAAACCUGGUGAGGAUCCUGCAGGGAGACGAGUCCAUCGUCAACUGUUUACAGCCACAUCCCAGUUACUGUUUCCUGGCAACCAGCGGCAUCGACCCUGUGGUCCGGCUCUGGACUCCCAGACCUGAGAUGGAGUGCGAGAAUGUGCGGAUUGUGGAGGACAUGGAGAGCGCAGCCCAGGCCAACCAGCGGCGCAUGAACGCCGACCCGCUGGAGGUGAUGCUGCUCCACAUGGGCUACCGAAUCACAGGACUAAGGGGCGUGGGCUCAGAGGGUUCGGACGAUGAAAGCAGCUCCGACGGACAAGUGCAGUGCCGGCCCAGCUAA